UAUUUCUCACACUGUGUGCUGCGGAGUUCCUGACUCAUGUAAACACUCUCAGUCCAGUUCAGCUGCUGUGUCUUUGUCCUUCUCUGUCCGAACCGAACCGGAUCAUGCUGCUCCGCUCGUGCUGUGUUUACGGCGCAGGAAUCCUCUGCGUUCUGCUGUUAAUCGCCGGGAUCGCGAUGGCUUUGGCGCAGGUCUUCCAGAAGCUCAUAAACAACAGAAUAAAGGAGCAAGUAGUUCUGGAAAAUGGAACGGAGGCAUUUUCGGUGUGGCGAAACCCACCGCCGCCGGUUUACAUGCAGUUUUACUUCUUUAAUCUGACCAAUCCUGCAGAGGUUCUGGAAGGAGACAAACCCUUCGUCCAGCAGAUCGGCCCGUACACGUACAGGGAGUAUCGGCCGAAGGAGGAAGUGAAAUUUAUGGACAACGGAACCAGAGUGGCGGCUGUCAAUCCAAAGACGUACGUGUUUGAGCCCAACAUGUCACGGGGAUCUGAGGAUGACAUCGUCCGAACGGUCGACAUCCCUGUUGUGACCGCGAUGGAGAAAUUCAAAGAUACCCUCUUGGUCAGUCGCAUUAUCUCUGACGUGAUGAAAGCAAAGGGCAUCGGCUUGUUCAGGACGUUCAGAGUCGGUGACCUGCUGUGGGGUUAUGAAGAUCCGCUGCUCAAAGAACUCAAACAGUUUGUGUCGGAUGACCACUUUGGACUUUUCUACAAGAAAAAUGGCACUGAUGACGGUGAUUAUAUUUUCUUCACGGGGAAGCAGAAUUAUCAGGACUUUGCUCGUAUAGACGAGUGGAACGGACAGAGUGCAUUGAACUGGUGGAGUACAGAAGAGUGUAACAUGAUCAACGGCACCGAUGGAGCGUCUUUCCAUCCGAUCAUCACAAAAACAGAGAAACUCUAUAUAUUCUCUUCUGAUCUGUGCAGGUCUACAUAUGCCCAGUACGAGUCUGACGUGAGCGUACGAGGGGUUCCCGGUUUCCGUUUUGUCCCACCCAGCGAGGUUUUCGCUAAUCUUACGAUUAACCCAGAUAACGCAGGCUUCUGCGUGCCGGCUGGGAACUGUCUCGGCUCCGGCCUCCUCAACGCCAGCGUCUGCAAAGAAGGUGCGCCCAUCAUCAUGUCCUCCCCUCAUUUCUACCAGGCAGACAACAAAUUCGUCCAGGAUGUGCUCGGGAUGAAUCCCAACAAGGAGGAGCAUGAGACGGUCAUUGACGUCAACCCGCUAACUGGACUGUUGCUUCGGGGUGCGAAGCGUGUUCAGGUGAACGUCUACCUGCAUCAGAUCCCAGCGUUCAGUCAAACUGAGAAGAUCCAGACGCUGGUGUUUCCAGUGAUGUACCUUAAUGAGAGCGUCGUUAUUGACGAGGAAUCUGCCGAGAAGCUGUACGCGGUGGUUACCGAGGCUAAUGUGAUCGUCAACAUCCCCUUCAUAGUGAUCAGUGUGGGCAUCUUACUGGGCGUCAUCUUCAUCGUGUUCAUGUGCCGACAGCAGACGCCAGCGAGCUCCGAGCAGCAGCCCCUGCUUUCAUCGUAAAACUCCCCGGAUGUCAUGAUGAACUAACAUGCGUUUAGACAUUGAGCUUGAUUUCAUUUUCACAAGUCCUGAUUAGGUUCAAGGAGCAUCGGUGUAUGCGGCAGACGACUCAAAGUGCAAAGUUUGUCUCAAAGAUGCCGUCGGAUCUUGCAAACGUGUUUUUUUAAUGCAUUUAAUGCAAUACUUUAGACAACUGAUCAUCACAGAACCAAACAGUGCAGGCGUGUCCAAAUUAGCCAAUGAGUUUUAUGUCCAAAAACUGAAUUACAUCAGAAAACACUAAAA